UUCUUAGCAAUUAUCGGCAGGACAAAUCGAUUCUACUUGCAGACUUCAAUCGCUAUGCGAAUCGACUCGGUCUGAUGACUAACUUGCUGAAUUUGGAUCGGGGAAUCGCAAACUUGUAACGUGUUUUAUUUAGAUAUAUCCCGUGUGGUUUACGUAAUGUUAUCCGUUCGGCUAGAUAAAAAGCUUUAAUCAAAUGAUGUUGCCUCGGCACUGAACAGUAAAUCAAGUGUGCAAUAAAAACAACAACAAUUAUACAGUCAGUGUUUUCUGGGUGGAGUCUGUCGAUCUGUGUGUAACAAGAUGAAGAUUAACGAGAAAAAUUUGUGCAUGUUCGCGACGACACCACCGGUCGAUCUGGAAGGUUGGCUCAACAAACGGGGCGAAAUCAAUAAAAGCUGGCAGAAACGAUGGUUCGUGUUGAAGGGCAACUUGCUGUUCUACUUCGAGCGGAAAGGAGACCGAGAACCAUUGGGUAUGAUCAUUCUGGAAGGGUGUACCGUGGAACUUGCCGAAGAUGGUGAACAGUACUGUUUCCAAGUUAUUUUCCAUGGCCCCAACAACCGAACGUAUUAUUUGAGUACCGAAACGCAAAGCAAUAUGGAGCAAUGGAUGAAGGCUCUGACAUGCGCCGGAUACGAUUACAUGAAGCUGAUGGUGGCGGAAUUGCAGCGACAGCUGGACGAGAUCGAGGGUACCAAGGAGAAAACUCCGGAAAUAUCUCCGCUUCCCCCACCGAAAGCUCCACCCCGGCGACAGAAUCCCUUCAACAGGCCGCCGGUGGAGUACGCUUCCAACGCAGUGUUCGAUGCGAGUAGCGUAAUGAAAUCGAGUUCGGUUGCAUCGUACGUUUCCCCGCAAGUAACUCGGAAGGCACCCACAGUGCCAGCGGCCAUAUCAUCCCCCUCUCUGCCUCCUUCGACACGACUGAUCAAUCUGGAACUGAAGUCACCAUCGGAGGUAACAACAACAACAACACCUGCAGCCGAGUCUAGUGCAUUGGGUAUGUCUCGAUCCGCUAGCGGUCUAUCCGCCAAAAGUAGCACAGGUGGUAACGACGGCGUGUUGAACGUGGUGGAUCUGCUGACCGUCGUUAGCGACGAGUGGUCAUUCGAACGGAUGCACUCACUGCUCGGUACUCCGGUGCUGGCCGAUCUGCACGCUCGGAAAAUAACGAUGGAGAAGAAAAGCGAAGAACCGCCGCUUAUACUGUUCUAAUUGACCUUUUUUGGGCAUAGCACACCUGUCUGUUCCUAAUUAAGGGGUGGGGAGUAAAUGACGCGCUUAGGAUAUUCUUAGUUAACGUUAAAUCACAACUACGUUUUUAACCAGUUUUCGUUCUAAAUGAAUAAACUGCACAUACAUGUUUCAAUGUAUAGAAUAAUUUAUAGUUUUAUCUACUAAUCAUAGCCUACAAGAAGCUACAUAGGGUUAGUGUCAAUUACUUAGUCAUGGAUUUGGUCGUUUGCAACGUCUCUAUAUUGUGAUAGCGAUUAUCUACCUUGACAGAAAGUAAACUAUCGCAGAAAUUCUGUUGUGUCAAAAAAUUUCUACGAAGUUUUAAUAUUUCUAGAAUGGAUAGUAUCUAUGUGUAUGUAAAAGAGGAAAAUCAAACCUUUGUUGAGUCUGGGAAACGUUUUGGCUUCACAUUUUACAUCCUGUCAUGAUAUUUCGUUGUCUAGUUUCAGUUGACGAAGGGUCGCGAUGACGGAACGGUUGGAAGCCAGAGCGUAUCAGUUCUAAGGAUAUAAUUUAAAAUAAAUGUAUUUAAAGCAACAUCAAGGACACGUAGCAUAUUAUUGAACUGUAAGAAGGCCUAUUUUUCAGGGAAACAGAUUAUCUAAAUCAGUGGUGGCCAUCCUGCGACCCGAAGCCAGAUUUGAAAAAAUAAUAGUGGGUGAAAACGAGAAUAUAACUGAAAAUUGAAAAAAAAAACUUAGUAAUUCUUGUUAACCGUGGGUAUUCAAGCUGAUCAUUUUCUGUUCUUUUCCGUUUUUUUUCGUGCUAAUUCAACCUUCUGACAAUUAUUGUUAGUACUCAAAGCACUUUCUCACGUGUUUGGUGUCAACACUCGCAUAAAUAAAGGCCCUGGCCGGGUAAGGGAGUAAAGAGUGCCCCCAAACCAAAUCAUCAGCUGUAUGGCAAAUAUUGUAUAAGAUAUUGAAUAAGAAAUUUUGACGGUUUAUUUGAACUCUUAUGUGGUUUAACAUAGGAUCUAUAGUGAAAAACGUACUUUUUCGUUUAUUUCACGUCAUCCUCAAAAGCUUCGAGAUAAACAUUUGGAAAAAAAAACUGAAUAUGCAUCAUGCAUCAAAUUUAAAUACAGGAAAACCUGUUUUUGUGCGGUUGCUUUUUGCGCGAUUUCUCAUUUGUGUGACUGUUUAGGUGCGAUAUUAUUAUUUGUGCGAUUAUUUUGUAUCAUUCAAGACCCGAUGUCAUAAUAAAAUCGCACAAACGAGGAAUCACGCGGAAAGGGCCGCAUAAAAACAGGUUUGCCUGUACUAAAAAAAUAUUGAAAUUUUGAAAAAAAAAUUCUGAUUUAGAGAUUCAGUACUACUCUAAUUCAUAUUUACAGUUGUGUUCAAAAUAAUAGCAGUGGUGAUUUAAAAAUUGAAAUAUGUGAAUAUUUUGAAAAUAGCUUCUUGAUUCCAGUUUUCUUCAUAGUGAGUUUUUGAAGAGCGUUCCAGCAUAACAAAAAUAUGGUAUUUGUUUCAAGUUUUAUUUUAUUACUUAUCAAAACUAUCAAUUAUUCCAAAAAAGCAGUGUUCAAAAAAAUAGCAGUAUUGUUGUUAACACUAGAAAAACAGGAUUAAAAUGAAGGAAGCUGUUGGAAUUGGUUUUAUAUUCUGAUCAUCUACUUCAGUAUUUUGUAGUUUAAACUUUAUUCUUAAUAACAGCAGCACAUCGUUUUGGCAUAGAAUCCACAAGUGCUUGGCAGCGAGAAACAGGUAUCGCAACCCAAGAAUCACGAACUGCAGACCACAAUUGAUCCACAUUUUUCGGCUUAGCUUCAGAAACAGUGCAUUUGAUAUCUCCCCACAGGCUCUCUAUCGGGUUCAAGUCCGGACUGCGCUGGCCACUCCAUGAGCUCAAUUAACCUCUCCUUAAACCAUGUAUUAGUAAAUUUUAAAUUGGUCCAACGCCAUUGUAGGAAAAACAUUCCCAUACCAUAAUUUUUGAUCCAUCGUGUUUUACUGUCUCAAUCGUGUACUGCUGUUGAUACUCUGUGUGGACGUCUCACAUAUUGACGACGGCCUUCGAUCCAAAGAGAGCUAUUUUGGAGUCAUCCGUUCACAAAAUAUUACGCCAUUUUGCUUCGGGCCAAUCAAUGUGCAUUUUAGCAAACUUGAGGCGACUCGUAACAUUACGUUUUGUCAACAAUGAUGCCUUUCGAGGGCUAUGUGCGUACAAUUUGACUUCCGCCAAUCGUCGUCAGACUGUAACAGCGCUCACAGUUAAGUUCAGUUCAUUUUUGAUCUUAUUAUAUAAGGGAAUGUAAGGGAAUGUUGGAUGAGUCCGUGACAGUCUAACUAUCUUUCGAUCAAUUCUUUCAGAAGUGCAACGUUUUCGGUCACGAGUUUCAGACUUCUCUUAAUAUUUUAAAGCAUUGCUUAUCAUUUUGGCAGAACAACCAACUAGUUUCUGUACUUGCCUGUAGGUUUGAUUUAUUAAAGUUUUGAUUAAAUUGCGCCGCUCCUCAGAACAAUGUUUACCCAUUUUCUGCAAUACAAACAAAAAAUACAUGUUACCUUGUGCAUAUUUUACAAUUAUAUAAGCAUAUAAACCGAUCCUCGAAACGACAAAACUUGACGGAAUCUUCGAACGAAAACAUGCUUUCAUUGAAAUCGUACUUCACUGCUAUUAUUUUAAACCGCGCGGAAAGGACGCAGUCAGAAGUUUCGAAUAGAAUAUACACUGAACUAAAUAUUCUGGUUAUAAACAAUAUGAGUUUUAAGCGAGAAAUACUACCUUCGUAUGUUCAUAUGGUUAUUUGACAACAUCGAGGGUAUGUAUGCGAGAAAUUAUAAAAAAUAUGAAAAGACAAUAGGUGCUGCUAUUAUUUUGAACACAACUGUAAAUAUGUUUCUACGGCUUUUCUAGAUAUGUGUGAUUAUUUUCAGUGUUGCGCGGUACAAAAAAAAAUAUGUUUUUAUAUUUCCAAAGGAAAAAAAUCGAAAUGCCAGAAAAUAUAUAUAUUUUUUUGUACUGCGUAUUUAAAUUUAAUUUUAAUAUUAAAUGGUGGGGUGAAAAAAUAGUUUGAAUAUAUUUAUCGAUACACCUCAGUAAGAUGUACAUUCAGUUUUUUUUUUUCAUAUUUUUGUCUCAAAGCUAUUGAGAAUGGCGUGGGAAAAACGAAAAGGUGCAUUUUUCACCAUAGAUCAUAUGGUGUACCAUAUAAGGACUCAAAUACAUGGUUCAACUGCCAAAAUGAUUUAUUUUAUACCCAAUACAGCUGGUGAUUUGGUUUGGGGGAUUUUUUACUCCCUUAUUCAGCCAGACUCUUUGGAAAUAUGAAAAAAAAAAAAUUUGUACCGCGCAACACUGAAAAAAAUCACACAUAUCUAGAAAAAGCCGUAGGAACCCAUUUAAAUAUGAAUUAGAGUAGUACUGAAUCUCUAAAUCACAAAAAAAAAUUCAAAGUUUCAGUAUUUUUUUAGUGCUUAAAUUUUUGAUGAAAUGUUUUUUUGAUAAUUUUUCUUGAUACACCGUAGUAAGAUGCACAUUCAGUACUUUUUUCAAAUUUUUAUUAAAAUUUUUAUUAAAGAAUUUGAUAGAGUAGGCACCUAAGUGUAACUAUGGGAUGUGUAGAAAAAUAAUAAAAUUAUAUUAUUAUAAUAUUUAUACUAUACUUUUUAUUAAUUUAUAGUACGGAUCGUUUGUAUGGCAGCGUUUUGCAAAACCCAUAUAAUAUGACUUUGGCAUGUUGUCAAUUCAUUUUCAAAUUAAUAAAAUAUUGCUAGAUCAUGUAAAAGUUGUCUACAAACUAAGUUUGUUCUUCAUUUAAUAAUUUAUCCGCAAGUUGGGCUCCGCAAGAAACUUAGAAAAGCCGCUCUGGGCGACGAACGUGUUAAACUACAUAGGGGUUCAAAUAAACCGUCAAAAUUUCUUAUUUAAUAUCCUAUACAAUAAAGGGUGUGUGACAUCAAAUUGCAUCACGGAAAAAACGCUGUAGAAAUUCGCCCAGUAGACCGAUCCUUUUGGUUCUGUACAACGUCAGGUUGUAGUUUUUUUUUGAACAGAAAUCCAUUUUCUCUUGAAGUCCGCUUCCGAUUUGACAAAUUUUGGGUUCUUCCGGAGGGCCUGCUUCAUAAUCGCCCAAUAUUUCUCUAUUGGGCGAAGCUCCGGCGCGUUGGGCGGGUUCAUUUCCUUUGGCACGAAGGUGACCCCGUUGACUUCGUACCACUCCAACACGUCCUUUGAAUAGUGGAACGAAGCGAGAUCCGGCCAGAAGAUGGUCGGGCCCUCGUGCUGCUUCAAUAGUGGUAGUAAGCGCUUCUGUAGGCACUCCUUAAGGUAAACCUGCCCGUUUACCGUGCCGGUCAUCACGAAGGGGGCGCUCCGCUUUCCGCAAGAGCAGAUCGCUUCCACACCAUGUACUUUUUGGCAAAAUUGGAUAGUUUCUGCUUGCGAAUCUCCUCCGGAACGCUGAAUUUGUCUUCUGCGGAGAAGAACAACAGGCCCGGCAGCUGACGAAAGUCCGCUUUGACGUAGGUUUCGUCGUCCAUUACCAGGCAAUGCGGCUUCGUCAGCAUUUCGGUGUACAGCUUCCGGGCUCGCGUCUUCCCCACCAUGUUUUGCCUUUCGUCGCGGUUAGGAGCCUUCUGAACCUUGUAUGUACGCAGGCCCUCCCGCUGCUUGGUCCGCUGGACGAAUUAACUUGACAAAAUCAGCUUAUUGGCGACAUCCCGGACCGAACUUCUCGGAUCACGUCUAAACUGCUUAACUACGCGCUUGUGAUCUUUUUCACUGACGGAGCAUCCAUUUUUGCCGUUCUUCACCUUCCGGUCGAUGGUUAGGUUCUCGAAGUAUCGUUUUAGCACUCUGCUGACCGUGGAUUGGACGAUUCCCAGCAUCUUACCGAUGUCCCGAUGUGACAACUCCGGAUUCACGAAAUGAGUGUACAGGAUUAAUUCACGACGCUCUUUUUCGUUCGACGACAUUUUUCCAAAUUUACGAAAAAUUGACAGUGAAGCAUGGCCAACGUGAUCUAUACACUCUUAUCUGAUUAUAAGCGAAAGCUGAAGAUAUAAUUCCUAAAAAUUAAAUUUCUACAGCGUUUUUUCCGUGAUGCAAUUUGAUGUGACACACCCUUUAUUUGUCAUACAGCUAGUGAAACUAGUGAAACGGCAGUAACUGCUGGAAACGUUCUGAAGUGUUUUAUAAGAGAGAAUGGAAUGUACAUAAGCGUUAGAGAUAAGUUUAGAGAGAUAAAGUUUGGGAGAAAAUUCAUUCGAUCAUAAAUCAGAAAAUAGUUUGUCUGAUUCGUAAUGAAGCUAUUGCUGUUAUGAAGGUUCCAUCUGAAACAAAAAUAUGAUUCGGAACAUGCGUGGAAGUUUGUUAACACAUCAUGUGCUGGAAAUUUGCUGAACGAAAAUUGUUUGUUUGAAAGUUUGAAAGAAGUAAAGAUAGCUCAAUUAGCUAUAUUUGUUCGGGACAUAUUCAAGGAUUUCGAAGUUACCGAGGAAUUGACUUGCCUUUUUCCUAUGAAUAUACGUUUCGAGGAUGUCUUGAUUGGACGCAUUGGAUCAUCGUGAGUUCCAAGCUUAGAGCACGGUAUGGGAAAUAUUUCUUAUUUUACCGAGGUACGAUGGUUUAGUAGAGGAAAAGUAGUGCAAUGAGCUCUUGACCUCCGUAAAGAAAUUGCUGAAUUCAUGAAAAAAUAAGGGAUUUCAAAAUGAGGAGUGGAUGGAAAAUCUGGCUUUCCUGGAGGGUAUCAUAAGACAAACGAUAGAUUUGAACUUGGACCAGCAAGGUAUAGGUAAAUUGGAUCACAACAUUAGCAACCAGAUCAAAACACUCGAAAACAAACUCAAGUUUAACCAUCAAAUAGAAAAUUUCCAUUUUACCCAUCUUCGGGCUUUGAGAACUCCUCAAGUGUUGACAACUAGAAAGAAAGUUGACGCACUCCAGUCAAUGAAUGUGCAUUUUUUCGCAGAUUUUGGUACUUCAAAGCACAUGGAAAAUUUAUCCAAUUUGUUUCUAGCCCAAUCAGUUUUGAUGAUGUACAUGCCACUGAAAACAUUCAGAUGGAACAUAUUGAAACACAUUGUGAUUUAGAAAUGCGUGGCAAAUUUUAAAAUCCUGAUUUCUUGGAUUUCCACUCCAGAUUCGUUCCAGAAUAAAACGCGUUCCUUUCAUUGCUUCUUUGUUGUAAUCCACAUAUAUUUGUGAGCAAAUGUUCCUGUCAUGGAAAAAGUUAAGGAACAAAAUCACUUAUAGUCGUUUGGAAAACUAGUUUCACAUCGCUAUCUCUCAAGCUGAUUUAGAUAAAAUUGGUACAUGUUUGUAUUUAAGGUUUUUCUAUAUUGAAACAAACAAAAAAUAUUGUAGAAACUUUUUGAUGAUUGAAAGAAUGUUCUAUUUAAUCGUGAUACCGUAUUCACAUUAUCCAGUAUAGCUAUAAGUUCUGAAUGCAUUGAAUUCGCGACUGCUAUCAGUAAAGAAAUUGGGAGCACAGAAAAGUGGUAACACUGCAACCGUGUAGUUCGAUGUCCCUCUUCACUUUCACCAUCACCAUGUUUCGUGGUCCCAGCAGUAUUUGUUCCUAGCUGUUUUUGUAGCAGUUCCUAGCAACGAUAAAGCUCGGUCUGUUCGAGAUUCGUGGUCCAUACACUACAAUAGUACAAAGCAACAGCUGUUUUGGGAGAUAGGCCCAAAAAGGGACGUCUGAGGUCGGUAUGGCAGCACAAUGAUAUAUAGCCGGGUUCAGAUGGUGCGAGUAAGCAUACGAGUCGGUCUAGUCAGUUACUGCAGUGCAGCUACUCACACCGUGUGAACACAUCAUGCCCGUUAGUGUCAUGUGUAAUCCGGCGUGCGAACUACUUCAAAGUUUUUUGAAUUCACUCGCACUCGCAUCCCUCAAAACGUCAAAAACUGAAUUUAGCGUUCGAAUCAGGGAUGCCAAAUGUAAAGAAAUGUCUCUAUUUUUAAGAUAUUUGAAAAUAUGCGAAGAUAUUUAUAGACUUGAAAAUUAUUGGAAAAACAAAUAAAACCCUCAUAGUUUCUAAACGAAAUCGUUGUUAUUUUGUUACGCACGCUGGCGGGGUACGCUUUCUUUUUGAGAUAAUUUUCUUGAGAAUCUCUAAUAUCAGGCACAAUUUUCAUUCAAAAUUCACUCACAACCUGCAAUUAAAGUAUUGUUCUAAAAAACAGAAUACAUAUUCGAUUUUAAAAAGUACAUUUUCAUUCAUAAUUUUAUUUUCUGACGCGUAUUUAUUCCACCUGCAAAUCUACUAUUAUUUUUAUUUCACAAAUUGGCACACGAAGCUGCCAACAAAGCAAAAUAAAUAAAAUUAAAAUCUUAAAAAUUUAAAAAUCUUUUAGGUUGCCAUUUAUAGCAUCACAUACUUCCGGAAUUAUCUUGGCUAUGAAUGCUUUCGAGAAUCUAAAAAAUAUCGACAACAAUCUGAACGAUAUUCCAGAAGCAAGGCACAUCAAUGUCGUUUUUUAAUUGCACUCUUGCAGGUAUAGCAUUCCUCAUGAGUGUAUCUUGGCGUUGUAUUUUUGGACCAAUGAAAUCCAACAGUGUUUCCACUAAUUCAGGUGUUUUUUUCAACACUGCUAUGUACUCUAGACGAUCAUUAUCGUAGAGUUCCUUCAAGAUUUUAUUUGUUGUUCCUUUUUCUCGCAUCCAAUUCCUGGCCCAUAUCCUUUUGCCUUUCUGCUUUUUCGGAUAGUAUCUUCAGUUCGAAGAAAAUCCGCACAAAAUAUUUUUAUACACGGUCAGCGUGUAUUUCGCAAUAAAAUUGUGCAACUAAAUAAAAUAGAUGCAACUGAAAACCUGAGACGAAUACUGCCAAUAGAGAAGUCGAUUUCGGAUCAAUCAUCUGUCAAAUUCGGACCUGAUUGCUGUUUCUGACUAUUUGAUGGACAUUUGAGAAAUCAUCUGGCAUCCCUGGUAAGCCAAUGCUGUAGUAUCUAGUUUCUCGUCAGCAGCUCACACUGUGUGAACGGACAAGGCGAGUCAACCAAUUGUCAAGCGAGUUCACCGGGUCAGUAGCUGCUCAUUCUCAAGUCAGUUACUAGCAACGUAUAAAUGGGCCUUAUGUUGUUUUUUUUUGUCUGUAUUAUAGUGACUUUCAACUCAUUUGGCUGGUUCGUCACUUUUACUUUUUGGAAGAAUGUCGGGAGUGAGAAUUGAUCUCGUGACCUUUAGCGUGAGAGGCAUGGAUGUUACCACUACGCCAGAUCGGCUCCACGGCCUUAUGUUGUUCAUGAACGCGUUCAACGCAAUCCUCUUCGGAACCAAAAGCGUUCAUCAGUCGAAAUGAAUUGGAUAAAUUAAUUGGUGCGUAUAUCGAUGUGUGAGUCAUUGAUUGAUGCCCAGAUUGAAGCGCACAUGUUUGGAACGAUGCAAAAAACUCCUAGAAUGAUUAAAGAACGAGAAUCCAAACCAAACCUACCAGACUUCUUCUCUGCAAAUGAUUGGCCAUUUGUCAAUCCAUCGGAUUAAUCACUCUGGGUCAAGUUUGAGGAGCGUGCCUGUGGACAUUCUCAUUGUUAAAGUUAAAGAAUUCUAUUGAGGAGCUGCAACGAUUGACGAUUGGCCUUAGUGUUUUCGACUCUGCGUGAAGAAGAAAUGGUCGAAAAUUUUUAUCCAAAAAUGUUAAUUCUGAAUACUUUUAUACCUUCAAUAAAAGUUUUGGGGUUUUAUCUCAUUUUGUCCUCGAGUUAUGAAUUUUACAGGUAUGAACUGAAUGCUUUCUAAUUUAAAUAACUUUCUAAUUCAAAUAUGCAUUUUACUCUUCUACGUCUAGUAAAAGUGACCAGCGAACACUUGCUGAAAAGACAUCAACCGAAGGGAUCGGUUCGUAAUGGGUAUCGGGAGCAGGACUUUUAUUCAGAUAGAUAUUUCUCGUCGUAAAAUUCGCCAGAUUGGAUAUUAGCAUGCCUCAUCGAAUGCAGAAUCUCAUCAAUCUAAACUCCCAUUAAAUUCUAAACUCUCAUUAAAUUCCAAAAAUAGCAACGCUUAGCCAUUAAUAUGUUUGUGAAGGUCACUAAACUACAUCACAGCUCAUCGGAAGUCAAAUAAGACCCACCAAUCAGCGAAUCGCGCCGAACGUUGUGCCGCAGCAUUGUUAGAAAAACGCUAGAGGACCGCAAUUGUACCACCGCCAUUUUUCCGUUCGAUUUGGUUGUUGCUUGUUCGGUAUUUUCGUCGCAUCAUAAAUGUUUCAUGUGUUGUUAACAGUCGCUACUGAGAAUCAUCAUUAUACACACGCCCACCACCUCAUAUCGUAUUUAACCGCUUGAACCUUCAAAAAAACCAAUGGUCUAGUCUCUAAGAUUCGCUGACUCAAUCCAACGCACCACGCGUUCUUCUCCCAUCGUCUAUUUUCCGUUCCAGCAGCAGCGAAACGGCACCGCAAAAGAAAACCACUUGAGUCGCAUUUUUAAGCUCACUCACUAUUGAUAAUGUGUUGUUAGUAAGGAAAAAGAAACCGGGAUUGUGGUACAAAGUUUCCAUCAAUAAACAAUACUCUCGUGUGUUUGUGUGGAAUACAACACAGCAAAGGUUGUAACAGAGGAGGCUUGAGUGCAUUUCACAGUUAAAUGCUUGAGAAUUUACAGUGCCAAAAUAGUAAUUAGUAGGGAAAAUACGCUUUCCAUCUGAAUUAUCAUAAUGUAUAAUGUAUUAUCUUAGAUAUGUUUUAAUUCAGUGCAAUUGUGUGCAACUGUUUUUUUUACUUUGAUAUGAAAUAAAUUGUUAAACGAA